AUGGUACCCAAUUCAGCAGCACCAGUCGCCAGGAGCGAAUCACCUCCAAGUCAUGAGAAAUACACAUACGACGAGAAACCAUUGCCCCGGAUACCGAUACGAAGAUUUUCCACAGAGGAUACACUAUGUCCAGAAUCGCCAGGGGCACCGGAGAUCCAAGGGGCUGUCCGGCCGCAAACGGUCACGCAGAUAAUAGGAGGAAGAGCUAUCAAUUUUGUCACAAUCACCCAGUUUUUUACGGAAUGGUGGGCGUGGGAACUGGUAAGCUUGGCAAUGUCAGCGUUCUGCAUGGGCGCGAUAGUGGUCCUGCUCGUCGUGCACAAUGGCCAGUCCAUCCCAACGCUUCCAUUCGGCAUUACUCUCAAUGCGGCCGUUUCAAUCCUUGCGAGAGUGGGUGGAGCAGCAAUGCUGCUUGCUACUGCGGAAGCCAUGGGACAGCUGAAAUGGAACUGGUAUAAAAAAAACUCCAAGAAAUUGGUCGACUUUGAGAUGUUCGACUCUGCUAGUCGCGGCUUAUGGGGUUCAUCUUGGCUCCUCUUUAAAAUGAAGGGGAAGAUAUUGCCGACACUUGGUGCAAUCAUUACACUUCUUUCGAUCGCGAUUGAGCCGGCUUUUCAAUAUAUCUUGACCUCUCAUGAAAUACCAGUCUUUCAAGGGAAUGGCACUGUGGCUCGAGCGUUCCGAUACCAACCUAUAGAUUCGACAGUAUCUCUAGUCGAUGGUGUGAUGCAAGCUGCCGUCUCACCUUUGUGGUCUAGGGACCAGAUAACUACUAGAGAGCGUGUCUCUUGCCCGACAGGUAACUGUCGGUACGAAUUCGAUUCAUUGGCGGUUUGUAGUGCCUGUGAGGACAUUUUCGCGGAGCUUUCCUUCGGAUGCUUCGAUACUGGCCUCGAAUGGUAUCGAAAAGGCCCUCUGGAAGACUCGUCUACGGCUCCCUCUCGGACCGCUUGUGGCUAUUGGCUAAACGCUACAUCCGCUGAGCCAUCUCUGGUUUCCGGCUAUGUAGUGCAGCCGAAUACAACAACACCCGGCGAAGCAUUGCAGGGCCGGAUUUUUUCGAUGUACAAUUAUACCCAUGAGUCCUAUUUCUAUUACAAUGGAUCUCUAAGGUUUAAAGACGCUCCGGAUCCUCUUAUCGACUUUAUGGUCUUCUCGUUGCCUGACAGUGCCUCAGUCUAUGCCAACAAGACUCCAGCAGCCCACGAGUGCAUGCUUCGCUUCUGUGGCCGGUCAUAUACUUCUUCGAUGAUAGACGGUAUAUACGAGGAAACUGUCACCGAGACAUACUUUGAUAACCGCACCAACGCUGGUGGUUGGCUUCCUAGAGCUGAGUUGGAGGAAGACGUUCAGGUUUUAACCCGAUAUUAUGAUCGUCUCCUAAGCAUCGACAACCCAGCAAGGAACACUAGCUUUGAGGUCGGAAACAUCAGCUUCAUCAUCGCAACGACCCCAUUUGAUGAGUUUAUGCCCGGUUGGGUUACUGUUGAAAAUUCAUCUUCGCGCCCGCAACUAAUUCACCAAUGGUGGCAAGGUAUCUCAAAAGAAGAGGAUCUGAAGAACAGUCCAUGGAUGCUUCCAAACAACGUCACGAAAUUCGUUGAGAAGAUUGAAAAGGCUAUGACAAAUGUCAUACGAUCAGAUCCAGUUAAUAUGAAGCUGGUGCAAGGCCCUGCGUGGGCCUUUCAGACCGUCGUCUUUAUCCGCUGGCAAUGGAUCACACUCCCAGCCACACUUUUACUAGCUAGUUUCGCCUUCCUCGUUGCGGUUAUUCUCCAAACAGACAAACAGAAGGACCAUGUGGGCAUCUGGAAGAACGCGGCACUCGCUACCCUGCUUCACUGCUUUCAGGGUGAUGUUCGAAAAGCCAUGGGCGAAGGAUGGAGGAUGGGAGACGCCACUGCUCGAGCUAGCCGAUUAGAUGUCAAGUUCUCCCCAGACCAUGGUUGGCUAAUCUCACAUGAAAGCAGUCCAGAGACACUACCAAAUACAUCACGCAGACUUUCUCAAAUAUUCAAAGAACCUGCAUCAAUGACCUCAUCAGCGAUGGAGGUUUCUGACCAUAGCCUAACGCAUUCCGUCACCAACGGUGCUUCAAUUGUAACAUCGAUAUUGAAUUUUAUGGUCUGGUUGCUCUCAGCUUAG